AAAGACAGAGGAGGAUGUAUAAUCUUUUAAUACACAUGAUGAAAUAUGCCGUGCGACUGCUUCUACUUAAGAAAAAUCCACAGAUAUUUCCUGUGAUGCUGUGGUAUAUGAAGACACUGACUGUAACUGGACUGUACUCAGUGAUUUUCAGUUAUAGUUGAAUUAAGGAAGUGUGUGGUGAGGGUGGAGGGGCCUGCUCACUGAUGCAGAAGUGAAACAGAACUGUGCGUCUCUAUAUUUACAAGUGUAGACUCAACAGUCCCAGUAGCACUCACAGCUGACAACGACAAGCCACAAGUAGACACUGAAACACCUUUAAAAGAGACUGGACCUCACUGCCAUGCUGGCUGAAGGGUUUCUCCAAGUGCUGCCUUACAGGGAGGAGAAGAGGUUUGCAUCUGCCUCCAGACUGGACAGAUCACAGAUAAACACUCACUGUGCGGAUCAGUGCAACCACUCCAUCUCAAACUCUGCAGAUGUUCAGACAGAUUUGUUUGAAGAAGGUUCAAACCAGGACGUGCUUCACUCCAACCAGGACACUGCUGGUCUCCUGAUCCCUGGAUGUCCACCUGCCCUGACCUUAGACCCGGGUCUGUCAGGUUGCUUAGAUAACUGUAGUCUCCUGGAGCAUUAUCCAGACCUGCAGGUGGCGGACUCAGGCCGGAUCACACACAACCCACUAAGGCCCAUUAUCACCCAGGACAACAGUUUUUCUGCUCAACCCCUUAUCUCUGACGAUUUCCAUCACCAAGACAGUACAGGUCAACUGCAGUCACCGGUCCCUGAUCAGGGUUAUUUAGUGAUGGGGCCCAGUGUGAACAUCAGCCUGGAUCUGCCGGGGUCAGGGUUGGAGCCCAUGUCUAACUCGGUGCUGAACGGGAUGCUGGAGAAGCAGCUGGAGGAGGUGUACCUGCAGCAUCUGACGGACAACUUGGCCCGCUGUAACUCUCACUUUGGGAACAGCCUCUUGCAUGGUCUGGUGCCGCCCCCCAAGCCCAGCAGACAGCCCCAGGGUCCAGACUCCCUGGAGGCCAGUCUGGAAGAGGGACCAGCCAAAACCAUCAGCUACCUGAACACGCACAGUUCUGCUCGCUGCUCCACUCACUUCAGCUCCCCCAUGUUACGCAUCUCAGGAACUGAGGACGCCCAAAAGCAAUGACUGAAAGCAUCAUGUGAAACAGAGUCUAAUUAUCAUCUGAACAUGAACACAAAUCACACAGUUAAAGCAGGCUUUUACCUCUGAUCACCCAUAUUUACACAGUCUUUGUUUACCUGCUUGAUGAAAUGAUGCUCUCACAUGCCACCUGCUGUUAGAAUGAAGUACUACAUCAUAAUGAUACAUCAGGUAUGUAGUUAAAAUACUACAGCUACUGUUUAUGUUAUGAAGCAAAGUACAUUUAUAUACAAAGAUGUGACAUACUGUGAAUUAAUCCAUGUCGAGAAGAUGCAGUUAAAAAAAAAUCUAAGUGGAUAUAUACAAGUAUAUAUGUGAUAUGAUAGAGUGAAUGGUUCAAUAAAGUUGUAUAAUUUUGUGAUAACUUUAUAUCUAUUGACACUUUGAUUUAUGGAUUGUUGUUCCCUUAAUUUGGAAGCAUUGGAUUAUCAUUAUUAUUAUAGUUGUUUUAUUUCAUUCCCUUAAGUUUCUGAGACCUUAUGGUUACAUAUAUGAGGACACAACAUUACAGUUCCCUGCACCUAUAUUUAAUAAGUUAAACCUGUUGUUCUCACUAAUCUAUACUUUUUUUUAUUUCCUCUACUGGAAACAAAUGCACAAUAUUAACAUUAAGUGGUGAAAAACCAAAACACUGGACAAAAAUUAUUGGCAGCAUGAAGAAAAAUACUUGAUAUUACUGGAAUCAGGUGAGAUGAUCCAAAUGUGGAUUCAGCAUUUAUCCAGCAUGGCAGUGCUUUGAGUAAUUAACAAGUCAAGAUGUAAUUUUUACCUGAAUAUCAUGCCACUGUUUCAGUCAUGUUAAUUCUAAGUGAUUGAAAUUCAGAUGUUUUCAAUACAUGAAGGAAAGAUUAAGUGCAGCCCAAAGUGAUGCAAAGCUAAAAGCUGGUGUUUUCCUUGGACCCCAGACUGGAGACCUCAUUGGUGUUCUUGUAUUUCCCUUAAAGCUUCAGAUUAAUUUGUGCAAGUGGUCUGAAAAGCAUUAUUUUUGAACAUUUUUGCUCCAAGUUGAUGGACUUCACUUCAUUAUUAGCUCAUAAAGACCCAAAUAUACACCAGUGACCAAAAGCGUCUACUGAUCAAAAAUGUUUAAUAACUUUAGAACCACUAAUUCUAUCA